UUAUUAUCUAUAGCUAAAGUUUAAUUAUAAAUGUAAUAAUCCUUCGAAAGUAGGAUGUUCACUAAUGUCCAAUAAGACUGUGAAUUACGUCAUUUAAGACUUUUUUAGAUAAAUAUGAAAAAUAGAGGACAUUUUGUAAAUUAUAAAAUUGACCAACCAGAAUCAUUGGACUAAUUAUUGCCAUUUCAAAAAUUGAAUGUCUCAGAAAAUUACGGCCUUUCUCAAGAAAUCUAUCAUGGCAUACGAAAAAUUGCUUCAAUCUCCAAUAAGAGGGUUUUUGUUAGACAUUUCUGGUGUUCUAAAGGAUGGCAGUCAACCCAUACCAGGUUCUGUUGAAGCUGUCAAAAGUUUACAAUCAGCCAAGAUACCCUUUCGACUAGUUACAAAUGAAACUUCACGUCCAGUUAAUAAAAUUUUGAGUACAUUGAAUAUGCUCGGUUAUGAAGUUACUGAGGAAGAUUUAAUCUCCCCUGUUCCUGCAGUUGUUAAAAUUUUAAAGAAUGACAACUUAAGACCGUUUCUCUUGAUCCAUCCAGAGGUAAUUCCUGAUUUUGGUGAUAUUGAUACUUCAAAUCCUAAUUGUGUUGUCAUGGGUGAUGCUGCCGAGUGUUUUCAAUAUAACUUUUUAAAUGAAUGUUUUAGGCAACUAAUGGGAAUGGAAAAUCCCAUCUUAUUUUCAUUAGGCCAAGGAAAAUAUUUUCGAGAUGAGGACGGGCUUGCGCUAGAUGUCGGUCCUUUCUGUAAAGCAAUAGAAUAUGCCACUGGGGUUAAGGCAACCGUUGUUGGAAAACCAAGCCCUCAAUACUUUUUGGAUGCUGUUUGUGAUCUUAAAUUACAACCUAACGAGGUUGUGAUGAUUGGAGAUGAUAUAGUAUCUGAUGUCGGUGGUGCACAAAAUUGUGGUUUGAGAGGUGUUUUGGUUAGGACAGGUAAAUAUAUGCGAGAUCGAGAUGAACCUCAUGAAUCAGUUGUUCCUGAUGGGAUUGUUGACAAUCUUCAGGAAGCAGUUAACCUAAUUUUGAAACAUAAAUCAUAAAUUAAAUGGUUUCUAUGUAUAUUUUUAUUAUACUCAAAUUGAAUAACAAUAUGUGCUUAUGUGAUAAUGUAUAUUUAUUGUAUUAAAUGACAUACUUAUAUUUGAUAGAUAGGUAUUUAUAAAUUAUAACUUUUAUUGUUUAAUCUUCAGACUUUUAUUUUAAUGACGUUAUUUUAUU